GCACCGACUCGAUUUCCCUCCCAUCACCGGCGGUCCGUUAUUCGAAUUCCGCGGCCACUUCUCCGGCGACCCUAAUAUUCUCGUGGGGCUAUCGAACGUGCAUAGCAAAAGGCUUACAACGUGAAAUGAAAUACGGAUUAAAUCUAAGAGUCCAGUCCUCCCAACAAAAAAAGCAACCCACCAGACCUCCUCGCCCUGUGGCACCUGGUUUUGGUGACGACGAUGAAGAUGAUAUUGAGAGAGAAAUUUCUCGACAAGCCAGCAAGAACAAGGCUCUCAAGGAUGUAGAGGAGCAACAUAAGAAAGCCUUAGAGGAGGAUCCAUCUGUAUUCGAUUAUGAUGGUGUAUACGAUGAAAUGAAGGAGAAGGCAGUUCGUCCUGUUGCACAAGAUCGACAGGAGAGAAAGCCAAGGUAUAUUCAAGCAUUGAUGGACAAAGCGAAAGUGCGUGAACGAGAACAUGAGAUAAUAUACGAGAGAAAACUUGCCAAAGAGAGGACCAAAGAAGACCACCUUUUUGCAGACAAGGACAAGUUCGUUACCAGUGCCUACAAAAAGAAACUUGCAGAGCAGGCAAAAUGGUUGGAGGAAGACCGAUUGCGUCAACUUCGGGAAGAUAAAGAAGAUAUAACCAAGAAGGGUGAUAUGACUGAAUUCUACUUCAAUCUGUCAAAAAACGUCGCCUUUGGAGCAGAAGACGGCAAGGCAACGAAGCCCACCAAGCAAACAGAGGAAUCAGAGAUUCGCAAAUCAGAUGAAAGUCUCCCGUCAAAAGUGAACUCGAGAGAAGAAAACCAGGGUGAACCAUCUGCUGCUGGGUCCAAGGAAAGAUCUGAAUCGGUUGAACCAAAACCCGUUCUGGAUUCUCGUAAGCAAGAAGUCUUGAAUGAUUCCCAAAAGCAAGAAUCUGAAACCGAAGGCGUGACAGCUCAACCGCCAACCGAUCAUCAUAAAAGGAACCAGGAUGCUUUGGCUGCUGCAAAAGAGCGGUUUCUUGCACGAAAGAAAACAAAGGUAAAUGUGUAGGUUCGACGACGAAUGUUAUAGAAUUCUGGAAAGGGGAAAUAUGAUCUUGUGGUGUUAAGAUUUCUGGAUUGGUGUCAUGCUCAUAUCUAUAUAUGGUUUUGGGUAGUGGAGUUUAUUCAUCUGUGUACUUGUGCUUGGUUCUCUAUCUAUUAAUCUUGGCCCGAUGAAUUUUUGUG